UGUAAACUGUGAUUCCAUCAAACAAAAUCCUAUGAUACGAGACCUUCUUUGGACAAUCUAAAACCCUCCGGCAGCUAAUUUCUCGGCGAUCACAUAAUUCACCGUGAUCAAUGGCGCUUCGAACAGCCAUAGCCAAGCGUCUCUACAAAAAUCGGUUUCUAGGACAAUUUCCGUCAUCUCAAAAUCCUUCGACUGCCGCCAUACCAAAUUUUUAUCACCAGCUAUUGACAUCGCCGGAGAAGUCCUCUUCCACCGCAGACGCUGGAUUAUACCGGCGGCUCUUCCAGUUCCAGCCGAGACAAAUCAACCAAAUGCCGAGAAUUAGCUUGCCGGAACUAUUUUACUUUCCUGUUGGAGAGAAGCGGAGGCAAAAGAUGAACACCUCUGGUUCCGAACGUCUCAGGUUAGACGGUCUGAAGCCUCAGAUUAUGGAGAAUGCAUCGUCUCCUUCAGAUUCCGUCGGAGUAUCCGCGCGUGAUGCUAAGAAAAUCAUAAGGUGUUCACAGUUGCAGAACGUGAGAUCUGCUCUGAAGCUGAUCCCCUCCAAUUCGAUUACCUACUCUGAAUUUGUCACGAUCUGCAGAGACGUGUGUAAUAAUCAUGAUCAAGGCCUCGAGUUUUCGAAACUGUUGGAUGUAGCAGGAGACGUUAUCGUUUUGGGAAACGCCGUCUUCCUCCGUCCGGAUCAGGUUGCAAAAUCAAUGGAGAAAUUAAUCUCACAAUCAAUAUCAACGCCAAAUGACCCAAGGAAGCAAGAACUCGAAGAACUGGAGAUGCAAAAAGCUUUAAUCGAUCAAAAAGCGACAUCCAAAGUUCGUGGUGAGCUCUAUUGUGGUCUAACCUUUCUGAUCGUUCAAACAUUGGGCUUCAUGAGGCUAACUUUUUGGGAACUGAGUUGGGAUGUAAUGGAGCCAAUUUGCUUCUUUGUCACAUCGUUCAACUUUGCAAUUGCUUACAUGUUUUUCUUAAGAACAUCCAAAGAGCCCAGUUUUGAAGGCUACUUUCAACGAAGGUUCAAGGUGAAGCAAAUGAAGAUCAUGGAUGCGUACAACUUCGACAACAAGAAGUACAACGAGCUCUGUAAGGUCUUUUACUCUAAUCAUGAGAGUAAGCUUUCAAGCCUUAAGCACUUUCAUCAUUCAAGAAGUUCAAGAACAGCUAUUGGUUAAAUUUCCUGCACUUUGUUUUGUCGAUUUGAUUGGGCAUGUAAAUAAUUGAAAUUUGAAAUAUGAAUUCUUGUCAAUUUUUUUUAAGGAAUGAUGGGAACAAAUUACAG